AUGGAUGAGAUGGCUAGAGUCAUGUCGAUACUGAUGGACAGGGGAAGUGGUGUUCAGACAGGAAAAAAGGAAUGUCAUUUCUUCUAUCUUAUCCACACGCUUCCUUUCGAGCGGAGCGGCCAUGGUGGAGCGAGGCAGCGCGCGGACAGCAAAGGGCGGCGACGGACGGUGCCCGACCCGUCCCGCCACCCGGCCUACGACUUCGUGCCCGUCCCCGACGGCUUGCCGGCGGGCACCCCGGAGACGGUGACGGACAUCAUGGAGCACAUCUUCGCCGUCAACAGCUCCUGCGAGGCGCCGUUCCGGGAGCGCCUGGCCGCCCAGCUGGAGGCUCCCGGCGCCAGGGACCAAGUCGCGUGCCUGGCCGCCGACGCGCACCUGCUGGCCCUCGUGCGCGUGGCGCGGCGGCUGGGCGUGCCGACGCUGGUGCCCUGCACCGACAGCGUCGCCUGCUUCCGCAACUUCGUGGCCAACCCCGUGCUCUGCCACAAGGGCUACCUCCCGGUGGGGGCUGAGUCGCAGCUUGACGCGCUGGUGAGGGAGCUACCGUCGUACCGCGUACGGGACCUGAUGGGCGCCAACAGCAGCAGCCGUCACGAGCACGAGCUAAUGUGCAAGCUGCUGUCUCGGGCGGUCGAGGCGAUGCGAAGCUCUGCAGGGUUCGCCUUCAACCCAUUCGACGCGUUGGAGGGCGACGACCUGGCGGCCAGCCGGCGCGACCUCGCCGGCGUGCCUGUGUUCGUCGCCGGUCCGCUCCACAAGCUCUCCCCGGCAUCGUCCAGCAGCCUCCUUCAGCAGGACCGCUCCUGCCUCGACUGGCUGGAUGCGCAGGCCCCGACGUCUUUGCUCUACAUCAGCUUCGGCAGCCUGGCGAGCAUGAGCGGCGCCGACCUGGACCCAUGUUAUGCAGCUUUCUGGUGUCGACAAAUGAGUGCUGCCGUCUCAAUUCUUUUGUUGGAUAUAUGGAGUAUGAUGGGGUUAUAG